AUGGCUCUCUCUAGCGGCUUCUUCGCCAGUGUUAACCAGCGAAUUCUCAGCCUCAAGUAUUUCGAGGCUCGCGGUAUCGAGCGUGUGCCAGUGACGGAGAGAUUGGAGAAAGUCGGUGCUUCCAACUACAUGCAAAUGACUAUGCUAUGGUUCAGUUCCAAUAUCACCGCCAACAACAUGGCGGUUGGUAUGCUCGGGCCGCUCGACUACUCUCUAGGUUUCACAGAUGCAGCGCUAUGCGCGACUUUUGGCGCUAUCUUGGGCGCUAUGGGAGUUGCCUAUAUCAGCACAUUUGGCCCUGCCAGUGGGAAUCGCACAAUGGUUUUGGCGAGAUAUUUCAUGGGAUAUUGGCCUAGCAAGAUCUGCACCAUCUUGAACAUUGUGAUUAUGUUGGGUUAUGGCAUGAUAGAUUGUCUUGUCGGAGGGCAGAUCCUCUCCGCCGUUGCUGAUGGCCAACUCACCGUCAUUGUCGGCAUCAUUAUAAUUGCUGUCAUCUCUUGGGUCAUUGUACUUUUUGGCAUGUCAAUCUUUCAGACGUACGAAAGAUGGGCAUGGGUUCCGCAGCUCAUCGCAGCGUUUGUCCUGGUUGGUUCCGCAGGCACUAAAUUUGACACUUCCAUCCAGUCAACUGGGGGCACUUCGACCAUCAAUGGCAACCGUCUCUCAUUUUUUUCUCUGUGUUUGUCCUCCGCCGUUGCUUGGGCCCCCGCAGGAGCAGACUUUUACGUGUACUACCCGGAGAACACCAAGAAGUGGAAGACAUUCACUAUGACGGCCGCCGGCGUCGGCCUGGCGAUGGCAUUUGCAAAUCUGCUAGGUGUUGGUCUAGCAUCUGGCACUUUUACGCAGCCAUCAUGGAGUGAUGCUAAUGACGUAUCUUCUGGAGCUCUUGUUGUUGCAGGUUACCAAGGCCUGGGAGGGUUUGGAAAAUUCCUAGGUGUUAUUAUUGCCCUCGGCCUUGUCGCGAACAAUAUUCCCGGUACAUAUUCUGCCGCUUUAUGCUUCCAAGUACUUGGUCGAUAUGGUGCGCGAAUACCCCGAUGGUUACUCUCGUGUGUUGGCGUCAUUAUCUACACCGUGUGUGCUUUGGGUGGGCGCAAUAACCUCUAUGAUAUAUUCGAAAACUUCUUGGCUCUUAUGGGUUACUGGGUUACUAUCUUCCUUGUAAUCACAUUGGAAGAACAUUUGAUAUUCCGUAGGACCAGCGGGUUUGACUGGACAGCCUGGUCUGAUCCUAAACGGUUGCCACUGGGCCUGGCCGCAUUUACAGCGUUUAUCAUCGGAUGGGUGGGGGCCAUUCUCUGCAUGUACCAAAUUUAUUAUGUUGGCCCCAUUGCUAAGCUUGCCAGCCCAACUGGCGCUGAUCUGGGCAUUUGGGUGGGCUGUUCAUGGGCUAUGAUUAUAUUCCCUCCUCUGCGAUGGCUAGAAAUUCGCAAGGUGGGUCGGUGA